GCUCCAAGAUAUGGGAGUACCUCUAUAUCAUCAUUUUCCUAAUUCUAAAACCUAGACAAUUUAUUUAAAAUACUAGUAUACUGAAUUAGAAACACAGAUUUUGGGGUGAUCAUCAUUCGUCAUCCCUUCUCCAAAAUUGCAGACAUCUUACUUCUCUUACCUUCUUCCUCUACUUGUGUUAUACUACUCAAAGCUUGAAGAUUACGAACAACUUCGAUUCCAGAAUCAAUGGAAACCGAAACCCUAGACAUUUCUGCUACUAAUUUCAAUUCAUCAUGGCCGAUCAUUCAUGGUUCUCUCGAAGAUGCUAUUACUUCCGAGUCCUCAAUUUCUUCCGUUGAUUCUGUUCCUGCGCUUAAACCCCCUCUUAUCCUGCGCCGUCCUUCACCGGAUUCCGGCCCCUGCGAGAUCACAAUUUCUUUUACCCAGCAACAUGAAAUCAAGCAGGUCUAUGUCCGUAGUACUGCUAGAGUCUAUGAAAUAUACUAUUCUGCUAAUGAGAAGGGUGAAAAUGAGUACCUAUGUACAGUUCGUUGUGGGGUUGCUGCUAAAAGUGAAGAGCUACUGCAAGAGACAGAUGGUGUAGGAUCAUUGCCUAUAAGUUCUUGUAGCCCCAAUAGUAGUUCUUGUGAUGGCCAUUUAAGAUCUGAUAGUGGAGGCAGCACCAACGAAGAUGACUGGGUGGAUGUGAAAGUGCGAAAUUCUGCUAUGCUUGAUGAAGGCACACCUCUGUCUAAAAUAGAUGAGAGCUGCAUGGAACGAGGCAAUCAGGACUACUUUGAGGCUACUGCAGAGAUAUCUGAUGCUGAUCCGUUCCUGUCCAUCACUCUCCGUUUGCUGUCUAUCCAGAGUGGAGAUUGCAUUUACAUAGAUGAAGUUUAUGUGUUUGCUGAUCCUGUAGUAUCAAUUGAUACUAAUUCUUCGACUAACGCACCAGAAUCCUCUUCUGAAAGUGCUAAGAUGUCCUUGCUCAUCCCGACACUUUUGAGCCUAUCUAAUAUUCGAAGGAAUCAAAUGCAAGAACAAAGUGAUUCUGCUGUUGGAGAAAGGAAGCACCAAGAUACUGGAGUCAAGUCAACUAGUACGUUUGUGUCUUCUAACACCUCUCAGUCUGAAAGUAUCCAGGGAACCACAUUAAAUAGUGCACCUGUACACAUGUCCCAACCAGAGUUUCCUAUGCAAAAGCCAGAUUCUCAAAUGAAUCCUCAUUCAAACAGUGAAAGGAAUGAAUUAUCUUGUAGUCGCAUAGAGAAAACUUUGGACGAACUUGUUUCUCGUGUUGCAAAGAUUGAAGACUUCUUUUUGAGGUUUGAGGAAAAAAUGGUGAAGCCAAUUAGCAACAUGGAAGGAAGGCUUGAAAGGGUAGAACAGCAAUUGGAGUUAUUUGCCAAGACUGUAGGUUCUGUGAAAGCUUGCAAUAGAAUUUCUGCUCCAGAUUUCUCUGGCAUUGAUUCUGAAUCCAAGUCCAUCUUCAAUGAAGGAAAUGGUUCUCCUAGUACUACAAAUUCUGAAUCAAUCAAGAAGGAUGAAAGUCGCCCUCCAGACAUGUCAAUCCCAUCCUCGGAUGUAUAUUCAUCUCCCUCUGUUCUACCCAAUAAUAUGUCUUCAUCCUCUUCCAAUGCUGCCCCGCUAAUUCCUAGUCUUGUUGUCACAGCACCGGACUUUUCGUGUGUUGAUGAUGAAGGAGAAAGUGACGCCUGUGAAGCAGUUAAGGACUCCCCAAAAGGCAAUCUGAAGAAACCAUUGUCUAUUAAUGAUGCUCUAGCUUCUGCACUUGCUGGUUUCCUAUCUUCGGCUUCCAAAGACACUGAUGUGGUUGAAGAAACUGCUUAUAUCUCCAGUAAAGAAGAGAAUGGGAGUCCUUGUCCGUCAGAGUCCUCAGACUCAAUCCUAUCUGAUGAGCAUGUUGUCUCUUCAGUCGAUGUUGAUUGGUAUAAUAUUUCUACCAAGGACGAUAUUGUACUAACAGAGAAAGAGUUUUUUAAUGCUGGCAAAGGUUUUGAAGAGACUACAGAAUCUGUUGAAUUACAAAACUGUGUAAUUGAGGAAGGAAAGAGCGAGAAGUCCCUUGACAUUUCUGUUUUGAAUGAAGUUAUUCUUGAGAAUCUUGACGUAGUCAAAACAGAUAUUGAUGAUUCGAGAUUAGACAGAUUUGGAGAAGCUGAUGAUGACUCAAAUCGUACUUUUAUUUUUGGUUCCACUGACUCCCCUGCUAUCGAUUCCUCUACUGCUGCAUCAGGAGUACCUGCAGCCAUUAUUGACUCCUGUUCUGGUGAGGAGAUGGCAAGAGAGUGCCCUGGUAUGCUGCUGAACAUUUUGAAGUUACAAAGCCCUGCCGUUGUUGAUUUUGGAACUCCUAUACUGGAUGUGAAAUUCUUAUCACAAGAGAAAUUGUCUGCUACGUCGUCUUUUGAUGCCCUAUUGAUGGAUGUUCCUGAUGUAUGCAGUGAAGUUCCUUGUGUUGAUGAAGAUAAUGCUACUUUUUUCAAUGGGCAGCAUGAUUUAGUUAUGAUUGAGGAUGGAGACUCCGCCAUUUCAGAAACUCCUAAUAACGAGUUUUGUUUAGAUGAUUAUAACUUUGAUUGCAUACUUUCUAAUAGAGAAGGACUGCAGGAAUGUGGAAUUCAAGAUAUGGGUGAAAGUCUUAUAUGAUACUAAUGUGUUAUGAAAUACAUGUUUUGAUCUGUAAAUAGAUAUUCAACUUAAAAUUUUAUUUAAUCAAAUGCCUUCAUCUUCUGCUGUAGCAAGCAUUUUAUC